UCGGUGAAAGUUGAGCCAUCAAUGGUGGAUUGAGCCGAACAAGUUUCUAGACUUACAGAGCCCUCUUCCCUUGUAUAUAUAUAUAUAUGCACACCGGAGUCGCAGACAAGGAUAUCCAGUCUUGUCUUCCUCUUUCAUUUUCUUUUCAAUCAAGCUCUGAAAUUUGAACAACAAUGUCAGGUCCUCAGUGCUGUACAAACCCGCCAACCUUGGACCCUAACAGUGGAGCCGGCCAUGUAGAAAAGCUUGCCGGUCUUGAUACCUACAUCGUCGGCUCUCCUGCAUCCAACCGCGCCAUCCUUCUCGUUUCUGAUGUUUUUGGAUUCGAGGCUCCGAACUUGAGAAAACUUGCGGACAAGGUUGCAGGUGCUGGGUUCUAUGUGGUUGUUCCCGACUUCUUUUACAAAGAUCCAUAUGUACCUGAGAACGUUGAUCGGCCUCUCCUUGUGUGGUUGAAAGACCAUGGAGUGGAUAAGGGAUUUGAGGAUGCGAAGCCAGUAAUUGAAGCUCUUAGAAGUAAAGGUAUAUCUGCACUUGGGGCUGCAGGCUUCUGUUGGGGUGCUAAAGUUGUGGUUGAACUGGGAAAGUGUGGGCUUAUUGAAGCUGCUGUCUUUUUACAUCCUUCUUUGGUCACUGUGGAUGAUGUAAAGGAAAUUAAGGCUCCACUUGCUGUACUGGGGGCAGAAAUCGAUAACAUCUCUCCUCCUGAACUCGUGGAACAGUUUGGAGAGAUCUUGGCUGCUAGAACUGAUGUAGAUGGGUAUGCAAAAAUAUUCCCGAAAGUUGAACAUGGCUGGACUUUGAGGUACAACCCAGAAGAUGCAGAAGCAGUUAAAUCUGCAGAGGAGGCUCAUGAAAACAUGCUGGAGUGGUUUGCCAAGUAUGUUAAAUGAUAAACAUGUUAUGAUGAUGGAAAUCUUGUGCGUUAUCUAUAAUAGAACUCUGUUGCUAUGUCAUAAUAAAAUGGUCGAAGAGCGCUGUGUAAUUUUAUUGUUUUUUACUGUGAAAACUGAAUAAAAUCAUGAGAUUUAUUGUUUGAGGAAACAUUUGAAGAAA